GCCACGGAGCGGCUGGGGCUGCCCUGCUGACCACAGGCCAGUGGACCCAGUGACCCUCCCUUGCCCCACCCUGGCUGCCUGGGUGUACCGGCACCAUGGCACAAACCAACCUGCCCCUGACCAAGCAGCCGGCCCCGCAGACGGUGCCGCCGUGCGAGCUGCCCCUCAAGGUCUACGAUGUGGCACGUAACACGGGCCCCUACACGUCCGCGGGCCUGGCCACCGCCGGCUUCCGCACGGCCAAGUACCUGGCGGACGAAUGGUUCCAGAGCUGCUACGCGCGCUACCACCAGGCCUUCGCGGGACGCAGCCAGUCGGAGCAGCAGCGGCACGAGAGCCGGCAGCUGGCGGCGGAGACGGAGGCGCUGGCCCAGCGCUCGCAGCAGGACUGCACACGCAGCGUGGGCGCACGGCUGCAGGACACACACUGCUGGAAGGCAGAGCUGCAGCGCCAGGUGGACGAGCUGGUGGCCGAGACCGACCUGCUGCUGGCCCAGAAGCGGCGGCUGGAGCGCGCCCUGGACGCCACAGCGCUGCCACUCUCCCUGGCCACCGACAACCUGCAGUGCCGUGAGCGCCGGCAGCACCCCGACCUCGUGCGCGACCCCGUGGAGAUGGAGCUGCUGAAGGAAGCUGAGCUGACCCGGAACAUUCAGGGGCUCCUGAAGAGGACCAUCCUGCAGGUCGUGAACCAGAUCCGGCUGAACCGGGAACACAAGCAGACCUGUGAGCUGGACUGGUCAGACAAGGUGGAGGCCUACAACAUCGACCAGACGUGUGCCGGCUACAGCAACCAGAGCACGGAGGUGCAGGCCCACCCGCACUCGGCCCGGCUGGAGGAGAGCCUGGCCUUCGGGCGCCGCUGGGAGGAGCUGGAGGACGCACUCCACACGCUGCAGCACCACCUGCGCAAGACGCUGCGGGAGAUCACGGACCAGGAGCACAACGUGGCGGCGCUGAGGCAGGCCAUCAGGGACAAGGAGGUGCCCCUGCGCGUUGCACAGUCUCGUCUGUACCUGCGCUCGCACCGGCCCAACGUGGAGCUGUGCCGUGACGCCGCCCAGUUCAGGUGCCCGCGCAGCCCCACGCCCGACACAGCCCCCGUGUUCAGAGGGGAGGCCUCGGGCUGCAUCAGGCACGCCUCCGACAUGCACGAGCCAGACAUGACGCUGCUGGUGGCCUGCGUGCUGCAGGACGUGGCCGAGGACCUGCGGCUGCAGUGCGAUGCCGUGAACCUGGCCUUCGGGCGCCGCUGCGAGGAGCUGGAGGACGCACUCCACACGCUGCAGCACCACCUGCGCAAGACGCUGCGGGAGAUCACGGACCAGGAGCACAACGUGGCGGCGCUGAGGCAGGCCAUCAGGGACAAGGAGGUGCCCCUGCGCGUUGCACAGUCUCGUCUGUACCUGCGCUCGCACCGGCCCAACGUGGAGCUGUGCCGUGACGCCGCCCAGUUCAGGCUGGUGAGCGAAGUGGAGGAGCUGAACCUGUCCCUCAAGGCUCUGAGGGAGAAGCUUCUAGAAGCCGAGCAGUCACUGAGGAACCUCGAAGACACACGCAUGGGCCUAGAGAAGGACAUCGCGGUGAAGACCAACAGCCUCUUCAUCGACCGCCAGAAGUGCAUGGCCCACCGUGCCCGCUACCCCACCGUCCUCCAGCUGGCUGGCUACCAGUGAUGGGCAGUGCUGCGCUGGCCGGGCGUGGCCGGGAGGGCCAGCUGCAGCUGCCUCCCCCAAUAAAGAGCACGUCGGUUUUCC